AUGUCCUUGGGAGAUCAUUGUGAAGAACCAGAUUGCCAGCAAAUCGAUUUUCUGCCUUUCAAGUGUGACGCUUGUCAGAAAGUCUUCUGCCUUGCGCACCGCAAGUAUGCAGCUCACUCCUGUCAGAGAGCUGGAGAGCGUGAAACAGCGACAAUCAUAUGCCCACUGUGCGCUAAGGCCAUCAAGCUCCUGCCGGACCAAGAUGCAAAUGCUGCCUUCGAAAGGCAUACUCAAGAGGCUUGCGACCCAAUGAACUACACCAAAGUGCACAAGAAGCCCAAGUGUCCUGUGCCGAACUGCAAGGAGAAGCUCAACAGUGUCAACACCUACAGCUGCAAAACCUGUGGGACAAGCGUCUGCCUGAAGCAUCGCUUCCAAAACGACCAUGACUGCGCCAGCCGCUCUGGUACGAUACUCACAUCCUCUCUUACAAAACGCCACGUCCACAUUCACCUGAACACCUAUUCCGUCCCUAAAUCCAACCAUUUCUUGGGUUUAUCGUGCAGCAGCCCAGCAGCAGCCCCUUGCUAG